AUGGCCAGCACAUCACUCUUUGUCAUUGCUAUAGAUUUUGGCACCUCCUACAGCGGAUACUGCUUUUCCCUUGCUUCAGGGGCAUCCCAAAUCCGCCAGGUGUUCUGGGGGGCAGAGCAUGGUUUAAUGACCCCAAAGACGCCCACAUGCAUCCUGUUCAACGAGAAGCAGGAGUUCAGCAAAUUUGGCUAUGAUGCUGUGAUGAAGUACAAGAGCCUGCCUUCCAGUGAAGCUCAGAAGUGGUACUUCUUCCAGAACUUCAAGAUGAAUUUGUACGACAGGAAAGUCACUUCUGACAUGGAGCUGGUAGCAAGCAAUGGAAAGAAACUUCCUGCCCUCAAAGUCUUUUCCGAAAGCCUCCGUUACAUGAUGGAACAUGCCUUGAACAACAUCGAGAGUGCCUCUUUCCAAACUGUCUGUGGCCACAGCGAGGUCACCUGGGUCAUUACUGUCCCAGCCAUAUGGAAUGCUGCUGCCAAGCAGUUCAUGCGGCUGGCAGCGAAGCAGGCAGGACUCAUCUCUGACAUGCUUUCUGAGAAGCUGAUUAUUGCCCUGGAACCAGAGGCUGCAUCGCUCUGGUGCAAACAGCUUCCACGGGAAGGGUUUAUGGUAGACAGCAGUGACAAUGAAAAGUUUGAAGACUCCCCAGGGAUCCAGUAUAUUGUUGUUGACUGUGGAGGUGGCACAAUAGACAUCACAGUACAUGAGAUAAAAGAAGACCAUUACCUUACAGAGUUACACAAGGCAUCUGGAGGUGGAUGGGGAGGCAACACAGUGGAUGAAAACUUCAGUGCUUUUCUCAAGGAAAUAUUUGGUGAUGAUUUAUGGGAUGAAUAUGUAAAGAGUCACCCUGCAGAAUUACAACAAAUGAUGUACAACUUUAGUCUACAAAAAUGCUCUACUAGUAGGGAAGAGGUCUACCUACGUUGCUACUACAACUUGACCAGACUGGCAGAGUGCAAGAAGGACAUUCACUGUUUCUUCGAAAAAGUAGAUGGAGCUAUGUGGAAUAAUGGGACGAUCAUGAUCACAUAUGAGAAAAUGAAGAGCUUUUUUGCCUACAGCACCAAAAAAAUCAUUGAUGCUUUGAAGGAAAUCCUUCACAAGCCUGAUAUGUCCAAUGUCCAGUAUAUUUUGCUUGUGGGAGGCUUUGCAUCUAGCAUCAUCCUGAGGGAUGAGAUAUAUCAGACCUUCAGCAAAAAGUAUCAUAUCCUUUGUCCGAUAGAGGCCCAAAUAGCCAUUGCAAAAGGGGCUGUUUUAUUUGGAGUCAAUCCACAGAUUGUUGCCUCAAGAAUCAGUGCUCGGACAUACGGUGUAGCAGUAACUCAGAACUUUGAUCCUGAAAUCCAUGAUUUAUGGAGACUCAGAAUCUCCAAAUCUGAAGACUAUAUUUAUUGUGACGAUGUCUUUGAGAAAUUGGUGGGAAUUGAGCAGUCGGUGAAUAUAAAUGAAGUUGCACACUAUACUUUCUAUCCAGUCGAACCAGAUCAGACAAAUGCAUGCUUUUCUUUCUAUUGCACAGAAAAAGGGGAUGCUCAGUAUGUAGAUGAGGAAGGGAUGGAACUGCUUGGCUCUUGCACUGUUCCAAUGCCAGACACAAAGCUAGGGAGGAAGCGUCAACUCAAAUUGGAGAUUAAAUUUGGGCUCACUGAAUUUAAGGCCACAGGUACCGACAUUACUUCCAAACAAAGUCAGACAGUUAUGAUAGAUUUUUUAUCUAUGUAA